GAUCCGCGUCUCCUCAUGAUGUAUGGAUGAUAUAUUGCAUUGUGGGUGUCAAUAUAACUGACGGCCAUAUUUGCCGGUGCUGCUACUGCUGUAAACAACCCAAAGUGUCUGGGAGACACGGAAACGCUUCACUGAAUUUCAGGACGCUUCUCCUCCUCCCGCUGGCCAUGUCUCUGGGAAUGUCUUACAAGCCCAACUUGAACGCCCACAUCCCCGGGACUCCCCUCAACCCGGCUGGGAGCGUUCACUCUCCCUCCACAAGUAUGGCAACAUCUGCGCAGUACAGACAGCUUAUAAAUGACUACGGACCCCCAUCUCUAGGCUAUACACAAGGGAUGCAGGGUACCAGCAGCAGCCAAGUACCGCAGAGCAAAUACGCAGAACUUCUAGCUAUCAUAGAAGAAUUAGGAAAAGAGAUUAGACCCACAUAUGCUGGGAGUAAAAGUGCGAUGGAGAGGCUAAAAAGAGGCAUUAUUCAUGCUAGAGGAUUAGUUCGGGAAUGCUUGGCUGAGACGGAACGAAAUGCAAGAUCCUAGCCCACUAAUUCAGUUGCAAGAUUUUCCAUCUCUUAAUGAAGAAAAAGUAACACUUAUUCCUUUCGACUGUUGAAACAUUCAGACAAAUUCCUUUAUUUGGAAUGUUUUACCUUUCUUGUUUUGCCCUUAAAAAAAUGUAUAGUUAAGAAUGAGAAAACAAGGAUUUUUCAACUUACUGAGGGUUUGCAUUUUGUAAAGACGUUAAAACUCCCUAAAAUGUUUCUAAAACAUGAAAACCGAACCGCAUGCAGAGGAAUGCUCUUUCUCUCCCAGGCUAUAUUUCAGUUCUCUUCUUACCCAGCCACAGUUUCAUUCUGUUUUUUUCCUUUGACUAUAUUCACUUAACCCCAAACUGUCAAUCUUUCAAAGUUUGACAUAAGCUCUAAGGAUUUUUUUUUGAUAAAUGCAGAAUAGCAUGCUGUACCUAGUAGUCUGCUAAGUCACAAUUUGUCAUACAGCAUAGACCCUGCUUAGAAAUAACCUUCCCCUUCUCUUAUUUUUCCUUUUUUGUUCGUUUUGCAUAAACAUUUGCAUGACUGUUAGUGCUUUGAAGUCCAUUUAAAGUGCAUGAGUUAUAUGGAAAAUAGGGAAACCUAUUAAAUAAUAACAAGGUCCUGGAAAGCUAAUUUCUACUUUAAGGCUGGAGAUUUCAGUUUAAAGUUUGCCAAAAAAAGAAAAUUCUGGAUAAAUUACUAAAACUGUUAUUUGCAUCUUUGUAUGUAUUUAUUACUUGACGUAAUAAAGCUUAUUUUCAUUAACAGUUUGUAUUAAAACUAUGUACAGUCACUUUAAUCAGAUUCAUACUCCUUGAACAAGUACUCUUAACAGGUUACAGAUUUAACCUUC